AGUGUUAUAACCGGUUUUUUUUUUCAAUUUUUUCUUUUCUUUCUUCUUCAUUUUCAUUAACAUCAAUAUUUUUUAAUAUAAUAUGAGUCAACAACCACCUCCACCUAUGCUUCCACCUGGAUGGAUUGCUAUUUGGGAUGAAACAAAUCAACGUUAUUAUUAUGCAGAAGAAGCAUCGGGACGAACACAAUGGGAACUGCCCACAGGCACAUCCACUUCCUCACCUCCGACAAAUACCCGAGCCGGAGGAGAAGCAGCAAGUUAUAAUAGUGCCAGUGGUUAUCCACCUCAACAACAACAAUAUUCGCCUUACCCUAAUGCACAGACAGCUACAACAGCAACAGCUGACGGGGCUGUUGACGAAAGAGGAAUGGGAAAGAUGUUUACGGGUGUAGCUGGUGGCGCCUUAGCAGGAUCUUUAUUAGGGUAAAUUAAGUUUCAGCGACAAUCAAAAUUACCAUCAUUGAUAAAGUAUUAUAAUAGAUAUGCAGCAGGGAAACUUGGUGGCCACAACAAUAAUGUAAGCUGAAGAUUGUGCUGUGUAUAAUAACGUAUAUAUCCAUCAGCUGAGCGGC